AAACCAUAAAAGACACAAAUUAUUAUUCAAAGUAGAGUAUCUUAUAAACGUCUUAAAACGUGUGGAGGGGAUCUUUAAAAUCACCAGAACUGAAUUGGGGUGCGUUCAAGGGCGUCUCUGUCCCUCUCUGCGUCGUGAUACGUGUGGUGCGUUCAGGAGCGUCGUUGUUCUGAGAUGCUUGUAGCAGCAGUGGAAGCAGCAGCGUCUUGUCUUGGUGAAAGCGGAGAUUCCUCAUCAGCCAGCAGCAGCAGCAGCAACAGCAGCAGCAUCCAUUGAAGCAUCAGUGCUUCAGUGGUUAAAUCUCCACAUCUACCCCCGGACUGACCGCUCUUCUCUGGGAUGUCGCCGUCGAGCAUCGGUGCGGAUUUGCUAAGGAGAACCGACGCAAGAGGAGACCUUUCCGGGGUGUUUUUUCGAGCGUGACUGGAAGGGAGCGGAGCUGCGAUGGAUGAAGGCAGGAGGAGACAAAUAACGUUUUGAUAAUCGUUGGGUUUAGCUGGCUAAGCUAACGUUAGCAAGCUCUCAGCUCGCCCGUUGGUUGUUUUCCUCCCCCUCCCUGGUCGCUGACCGCUGUGGUGUUUUCCUCCAUGAAUAAACACUCCUUAAUGCCUUUUUUUAUUGAUGCCGAGACAUGCUGGAGCCUCCGAGGACAUUUCUCUCAAGGAUAAAGCAUUGAGCUGUCUACUAGCCUCCCAACGUUAACGCUAGUUAGCUCAAAGCAUCAGUAACAUUUUUUUUUCUCCUUCUCCGUUAUUUUUUUUUUUCUCACCCAAGAUGCUGGCAGAGGAGAAGUGUGUCUAACGGUGAACCUGAACUCGCAUGGAUACACUCUCCAUGAAGGUCAUGAUACUGAGAGAAUGAUCAUGCUGGAAAAACAGAGCUCGACGCAGGAGAUCGGCGAGGAGGCCGAGGAGGACGCCAUCUUCACCAUCACGCUGAGGAAGGUGCAGCUCCAUCAGUCGGCCAGUAAGGGGCAGCGAUGGCUGGGCGUGGAGACGGACUCGGCCCUGAGCCUCUACGAGACCUGCAAGGUGCGGACCAUCAAGGCCGGCACGCUGGAGAGGCUGGUGGAGUACAUGGUGUCGGCGUUCAGGGGAAAAGACUCCACCUACGUCACCAUCUUCCUCUGCACAUACCGCUCCUUCGCCACCACCAAGCAGGUGCUGGAUCUCCUGCUCAACAGGUAUGCCAAGCUCCAAAACGUGCCUGCAGCUACAGCACACAGAGUCUCCCAGGACGACUGCACAGAGCUGAGAAACACUGUUUCGUCCAUCCUGGGCGCGUGGUUGGACCAGUACUCCGAAGACUUCUGGACUCCACCGAACUACGACUGUCUGCACCAGCUCAUGUCCUACCUUCGCCUGCACUUCCCCGGCUCGGACCUGGAGCGCCGCGCCCGUAACCUGCUGGCCCACUUCCACCGCCGACAGCAGUGUGAGCCUGAUCCUGAUGGGGAACACAUCGGCUGCCCUUUUGCCACGCAGGAAGAGAGCGGCUUUGAGGACGAGCUUCCUGCUUUUAGUUUCCUGUCGUUUGACCCCAUCAUGGUGGCGGAGCAGUUCACGCUCAUGGACGCGGAUCUGUUUAAGAAGGUGGUGCCCUACCACUGCCUGGGGGGGAUUUGGUCUCAGCGAGACAAGAAGGGGAAAGAGCACCUGGCUCCCACUAUCAGAGCCACUGUGGCCCAGUUCAACUCUGUCACCAACUGUGUCAUCACCACCUGCCUGAGCAACCCGACGCUGAAGCCCAACCAGAGAGCCCGGCUGCUGGAGAGAUGGAUAGACGUGGCCCGGGAGUGUCGGAUUCUGAAGAACUUCUCCUCGCUGCGAGCCAUCCUCUCCGCCCUGCAGUGCAACGCCAUCCACCGCCUCAAGAGGACCUGGGAGGAAGUGUCACGGGAGAGUUUCCGCACCUUCCGCGAGCUGUCCGAGAUCUUCUCAGACGACAACAACUACUCUCUCAGCCGAGAGCUGCUGGUGAAGGAGGGCACUUCCAAGUUCGCCACUUUGGAAAUCAACCCCAAACGAGCUCAGAGGAGACACCAACAGCAGAGAGACCUGGGAGUGAUGCAGGGCACGAUUCCCUACCUGGGCACCUUCCUGACGGACCUGGUGAUGAUGGACACUGCCAUGAAGGACUACACUGAGGGUGGUCUGAUCAACUUUGAGAAGAGAAGAAAGGAGUUCGAGGUGAUCGCUCAGAUCAAACUGCUCCAGUUGGCCUCCAACAACUACAGUUUCACUCAGGACAGCCACUUCAGAGAGUGGUUCGCAGGCGUGGAGAAGCUCAGCGAGGCCGAGAGCUACAAUCUGUCCUGUGAGAUCGAGCCUCUGUCGGAGUCGGCCAGCAACACACUCAGAGCCAAGAAAAACGGAGGAAUCAUGAAACGCUGGAGCGACCGGCAGCUGACGGAGGCCGGCUCCAGCGGCGCUCCAGGCUCUCAUUCCAAGUCCUUCGACCACUCCCACUACAGACCGUACCAAGGAGGCGGCGGGGACAGCGGCGACGCCCUCAGCGUCACCUCCGUCAGCUCCAGCGGUUCAGACCUGGAGGACGUGAACGCUAGCUUCCUGUCCGAUUCCCCCGAGGGACACGAGAGGAAGGUGAGGAGGAAAGAUGCAAGAAAGAAGUCACCACAAAAAUCUACCAAGAUUCUGACGUCGACACCCUCAGUGAAACUUUCUGUCUCUGCUUUGGGGAGAGAAGCUCCACCAGCAGAUACGACCUCAACGUUCUGGGAGUGCACGUCGCUGUCGUCUCUGGACACCUCGGGGAUGGGCUCCAGCUCCGGUUCGGCCUCCGGUUCCAGCAGCGCCUCCUCCUCCUCCGUCUCCUCCUCCACCCCGCUGUCGGCCUCCCGCUCACACAAACGCUCGGUGUCGGCGGUGUCGAACUACUCGACUCUGUCGCUGCCGCUGUACAACCAGCAGGUGGACGACUGCUGCAUCAUCAGGGUCAGCCUGGACGUGGAGAACGGCAACAUGUACAAGAGCAUCCUGGUGACGAGUCAAGAUAAGACUCCAGCCGUCAUCAGGAAAGCCAUGAUCAAACACAACCUGGAUCGAGAGAAGACCGAGGAAUACGAGCUGAUGCAGAAAAUCUCCGAGGACAAAGAGCUUCGGAUCCCAGACAACGCCAACGUCUUCUACGCCAUGAACUCCACUGCCAACUACGACUUUGUGCUGAAGAAGCGCGGCCCGACCAGGCCGGUGCGGGCCAAGAACGUGGCCAGUUCGACGCUGCCUCGCAUGAAACAGAAGGGACUGAAAAUCGCUAAAGGGAUUUUCUGAGGAGAAAACGCGCCACUUCCUGCCCCAACUCCCACCUACCCUCUCACCCCCCCCCCGUUGCCAGUCUCCGCUCCUCAGAAGAGACGUUUCUGUUUCAGGUCCGUCGGAGGCCAACUAACCUGAAGUAUCUGAGUUUUGGUAGCGACUGGAUGAACACUGAGAUGCCAGAGGAGAUAGCAAAGCAACCUUCCUGUGGGUUCACGGGAAGCAGAGGAGCACCUUAGCCGCGUCGCGUCAUCAGGACCCUCCGGUGGACGUUAAAAGGCUGUCGCGGGAAACUUCCUGAUAGUUUCCAGAAGAGGCUGCGGAAGAGUUCAUGGAAACCAAAGGAUAUCGUUUUGUAGGGAAAAAGGAAAAAAAGCUGCGUCGGUUUGAAAUAUCACGCGGCUGGUUGGGAAAAAAGCAGAUUCAUUUCAUUUCCAUCAUCUUUUGUUUACAACUGUUUACAUCUUAACAUCACCUGGUCAGCUUUCAAACAUUUUAGUUUCACGCACUUUCAAUUUAAAGCAUUUUUUUUAAUUCCCACGAUCCCCCCCCCCCCCCCCGGUAGCCUUUAGGUUACUCUUCAGUCUUCAUGCACGCCCCCUACUGGCAUGGAGUGUACAUAAACGGACAAUACGAAGCCGCAGCGAGCGCGCGCACACACAGAUGUGUGUCCCAGCUGGGUGUUCGAAUGUGUUUCUAUUUUUUCAGGGAACUUUUUGUUGUGAGUGUACCAUCGCCUUUACCGUCUCACCCCUCCCCCCCCCACCCCCCCCCCGAGGUUUCCUGAUGUCGGAAGUGUUUUGUGGGACCGCAGCACUGAACGUUUUGUUCUCCGCCGGACAGCCGGGACUCGUUUAAAAAAAAAAACACCGGCGACGCUGACGUGGACGGACCUUUUAAACUUCUGAACGCUGCCAUGUUAAAAAAAAAAAAAAAAAAAAACCCACAAAAAAAAAAGGUCUGAAAAGUGGUCUGAAAUGGAGACAUUGUGUCAAAAUCCAGUGGGCACAGCCAUGAGUCACAUGCCACUGUUUUCUUUUUUUUUUAAUUUUUUUUUUUUAUUAUUAUUAUUAUGAAUCGUAACCACUACACCAGGAAGGAUGUGGCGGUCUUUAACUCGCACUUGACCGAAGACAAAAACGUUCCUGAGAGGAGAACAAGUGAGCUGAAAACAAAAAAAAAAAGACUGAGUGUAUAUAAAUAUCCAUUAACACCGACUGUGCAGUAUAUUCUUUUGAAAUGGACCAUGAGAUUUUUGUUAAUAGAAUCGUCACGAGAUAUUGACUUUUUUUUUUUUGUUUUGUUUUAUUUGUUUUGUACAUUUUUUUUUUGCAUCUCUCUGCUCUGACAUGGUGCUGCUAAUUAUCUUUCUGAGGAGGUCGAACAAGCUGCACCACUCUCUCUCUCUCUUUACUUCCUGACCGCCGGCCGCCAUGUUGGAAGACGACAGAAACAUCUUUUUUUUUCCUAACGUACGGAAGCUCAAAUCUGCCAAGAAAAGACAAAAAAAAAAAUUUAAUAUUUGAAUGAAAGUAAAAUUAGUGGAUAAUUAAUAAGAAACUUAAUACAUAAAAAACUAACAUUUUGUCUUUUCCUGGAAUAAAUUGGUUUCCAUAAAUCAGCGCAAAACUUAAAAAUAUUUAAUUUAAUUAAAUUUGACCGUAUUCUUUCAAGAGUAAAAGUGUUCAGUGAUACUCAAACUUUUUUUUUUUUUGGAAGAAGCCUCAAAAAUGACAAUUUUACCAUCUACAGUAAGGCACCAAAAGCAGACUUUUGAAGUAAAGGUAAAUACACUAAUUGUAUAUAUUCAAAUUAAUUAUUAUAUAUUAGGAUAAAUGUUUUCAAGGGGUUCCCAAAAAGUCUUUAAAACAUACAGAAACAUCCAAAAUUUAAAACAAACUUGAUGUAACAGCAAACCGAUGUUUUGAUUUAACCCCCGUGGUUCAGUUCUCAUUCUUACAACAUGGCGGCUCUUCCUUCAUAUCCAUCAGUAACCGCUCUCCGAAUGUGCCAUGACAGGCCUGUGAUGCGGACGCUCACCCGCCGCGUCCCGCUGAUUUAUCCAGCAGGACGUUUUUUUCUCGCGCGGUGUCGUCCGCCGGUGAUGAUGACGGCAGCAGAGUCUUUUCCUCUCCGGCUGUAACAUGUACUUUGAUGAAUUCCAGAUCUGGAAAACUAGUCAAAAAAAAAAAACUCGUCAGAAUAAAGAGAAGCUCCUUUAAAUGUUAAAACCUGGAGUCUGGAGAAAACGUGUGCAGGAGUCCAGAUGAACGACAGUGACGCUGCACACGACUCUUCUCUCUUUUCUCUGUUUCUCUUUAAAGGGAAAAUCCAACCUGAAAACAUCUCAUCACUGUUUUUAUAUAAAAAAAAGCUGUUUUUGGUGACGUACUUUCCACUGUUUUGGGUCCAUUUUGGUGUAUUUCUUUAGUUCCUGUGGAUACGAAUCCUAACAGCUAGAAAAUCAACAUCAACACUGAUUUUAAAGGGCUUCAGUUUCUCUCUGCUUUCACACAUAACAUUUAUUUAUGUGAACAAUUAAUCUAGUCUUUUUAUUUUAGUCUCUAAGAUGUUAGAAAAUAGUGAAAGUGCUUCCCAGAGCACAAGGUGGCUUCAUAUGGAAGUUUUUGCCCGACUAGAGAGAGUUGAGUUUAUUUAUUUACAC